AUGAUUCUUGCGUUGUUCCUUAUACUUUUGAAAUAUUUGGACGAAACAAAUGGCGAUGAUACCGUAGUAAUCACGGAAUGUCACAAUGGAGGUUCGACAGAGCAAAAUGUACCCAUGGAUCAAAUACCCAGGCGCCCUCUUCCUAGUGUGUUAGCUUGCCGUGAUAAUGGUCAAAAUGGCUUAUGCAAUGCCUUGUUCCCAAUUAAUGAUGCUCUUGCAGACAAUGCGAAUCUGAGGAAAGCUUACAAGGUUCACAAGGAUUGUUUCGCUCCCACACAUUCAUCAAUUGCUACUAAAUUUUGUGCAUCAACUUGCGCUUUAUGUUGUAAAACACCUCAAUUCAGUGGGUGCCUCGAUAGAACGACUACUGUCGCCUCGUCGAACUGUAGAGAUGAAAGGGUCGAUUGCGCUCGUCAUCUACAAUUCUGCCAUGUGCAACCAUUCUCAUCGUAUUACAGUCUUUAUUGUCGUAAAACAUGCAAAUUCUGCUGA